AUGAACAGCGGAUACCACGGCGUUGGGAGUGGCGGUGGCGGCAGCGGCGGCGAGCACGGUUCGCCCGGGGAUAGCCCGAGAGCUCGGGCCGCCGUCGAGCACGGCCAGCAGUCGCUGGACAGCCCCGGGGGCAACUCGCUUAUCACCUUCGGGAGUAGCCCCUCCACGACCGACGACGAGGUUACCGACUUUCUCCUGGAGUCUAGUGACGGGGUGUCGUUCCAUCCGGAGAACGAUGGGGGCGGCGGGGGGAGCGGCGGUGGCGGCGGCGGAAGAGCCGAAAACACCGGCAACCGCAGCAGCAGCCCCGGCGGAAGCAAGAUCGGUGCCCUCAGCAAGCGCGAGAUCGAAGAUUUCUUCCGGGACACCUCGUCCUCGUCCUCGUCCUCCUCCUCCUCCUCCUUUUCCUCCCCUUGUUCCUCUUCUUCGAGCUCUGUCCCGCGCGAGCUAGACGAUGAUGGAAGGAGUUGUAGUGUGGGGGAGGCGAUACCAGGGACGGCGACAGCGGGGGGAUUGGAUAGCGGUGACGGGGGCCCCGUGGUUGGGAAGGGUGAGGUGACCCCGGGCAAGAAAAGACACCAUCGCCACGACGGUGACAAGGGCGGUGGAGGCAGCCGCCGCCGCCGCCACCACCACCACCACCACCACCAGAGGGAGCGGUUGCCUCCACUGCCGCCUCACAUGCGAUCAUUGCCAAAGAAGGAUCAAAGGUACAUGCAGGCCAACCUCGCCCUGCGGAAGGGGCUCGGGGCGGUGGUGGGCCUCAACUUCGACACGCUCACGGCGGAGCUCCAGCUCAAGAUGAUGAAGCCCAUGACCAUCACGAGAUACACGAAGAGCGUAAGGGUGGCGACCACGGUUGCCGCGUCGACCGUGGUAGACGUGGCCAGCAUCGACAUCGACGACAUGAGCGUGUGGGAGCCGUUCCGCAUGUUCGUGCUCAUGAAAGAGAUUCCACUUCUGGCGAACCUACCGAUGCUCUCCCUGCACGCCCUACAGCAGACGCUGCGGCACCAGACCUUUUCCGCGGGAGAUUACAUCGUUCGGCAAGGCGAGGACGGAGAUGUCUUCUACAUGAUCGUGAAGGGCACGGUGGACGUGUUGGAGACGUCCAUGGACCCCGAGACCGACAUGGAGCGGACGAAACUCCUCGUACAAAUGUUCGAGGGACACUACUUCGGAGAACUGGCCCUCAUCUACGGAGAACCGCGGAACGCCAGCGUUAGGGCUACGGAGGAGGUGCGGUGUGUAUGCAUCACCAAGGAAGACUUCCGGUCUUGCAUGAACGAGAAACGGUUCCAGGAGGUGUUGGAGGAGGUGGCCUACCAGCGGGCCUUCUACCGUGAGCAGCGAGCUCAGCAGCUGGAGGAGGAGCAGGAAAAGCAGCAGCGGGGCCGCGGGAAACAGCCGAGGCGCCUGAUCCGGUCCCGAUCUAGCGUAAGUCCGUCCAGCCGCAGCCCCGGCGGCGAAGACGGCGGUGGUCGUCGCGGGGGCCGCCCCGCCGAUAGCGGGACGGGGAGGCCCGGAGGCAGGGGGAGAUGGACGGCGGCAGAGGUAAGGGGGGCCUCGCCGACCAGGAGCUUGACGCCCCCUUGCGGCCAGUCCGCGAGCUCGUCGUCGCACUCGCUUCGAAGGUCGAGCUUCCGCGAGACCGUCAAGGUGGUGAAGCGCAAGCUCAACAACGGAACCAUCAUCAUCAACAAGUACCGCAUCAUCUGCGAGCUCGGGAAAGGCUCGUACGGGUCGGUACACCUUUGCCGGGACGGGGAAACCGGCAUGGAGUACGCGAUGAAGGUCAUGGACAAGCGGAAGCGCGGCGGCAUACGGUCGAGGCAGGGGCAGGGCGGCCACCAGCACCUGGCCGAGACACUGAGGCGCGAGGUGGCGGUGAUGAAGAAGCUGAGGCACCCGAACAUCGUGACCCUGUGGGAAGUGAUCGAUGACCCCAAGGCGCAGCAGCUCUACAUGAUCCAGGAGUAUGUCGCGGAUGGCCCGCUUCUCCCCGAGGGCGUCGUGGUUUCGCCCAUGGACACAGAGGAGGCUCGAGACAAGUUCCUCGGCUGCAUCCGUGGCCUCCACCACCUCCACCAGCACGGAGUGGUGCACGGCGACAUCAAGCCCCAAAACCUGCUCGUGGCCAAGGACGGGACUGUCAAGAUCGCCGACUUCGGCGCCGCCGUCAUGCUGCAGAGCCAGGCAAGUGCGGGGAACAACAACAGCUCCGGGGAGACGGAGGACGAGGAAGUUUCCAAGAUGAAGGGGAAAUUGAUUUCGACGCCGGCCUUCACGCCGCCCGAGCUGUUCGGGGCAUCAACGACGGUCAGCCCGGCCUGCGAUGUGUGGGCGAUGGGCGUGACCCUCUACCAGAUGGUCUACGGCACCUUGCCCUUCUGGCCCCCCUCGGGCAAUCAUUCCGAGCUCGAGAUCAUGGUCACCCACAGGGAGCUCUCCUUCCCUUCCCCCUCGUCCUCCUCUCCCUCUUCGGUGGCUGCCCUAGAGGGCGCGGGGGGCAUCGGCAUCAGGGUCAGGGGUGGCGCGGCCGGCGCGGGCGUGGGGUAUGGGGGAGCCGGUGGUAGCGGCGGUGGUUUGGUGGCAGCGGCGGCCGCGGCGGUAGCGGACGAGCCAGACUUGAAGAACGGGACGAGGACGCUGUCGUCCGGGGUCUUGACCAACCUCGAGGCUUACGACCCCAUGGUCGGCUACUUGCGGCUGGAAAAAGACCCGGAGCAUCCAAAAAACCUCAAGGCCGCGAUCAGUCACCCCUGGGUUACGGUUGAGGGGUCCAUUCCCCCGGAAGGCCUGGAGGCCUUAAAAGAACCCGGCGGCAAAGACGGCGAACUUCAGGUUACCGAUGGCGAGCUUCUGGAUGCGUGGACGAUAUUUCCGGCGACUCCUACUCCUCGGGGACGGGAUGUCUCGUACUCCCCACGUUCCCCGUCGCCUUCGUGGAGGGGGUCCCGAUGGGCGCAUCGCGCACCCCCCCGGAGGACGGGAGAGUUUUUUCCGUCGCAGGAGAGAUACGUCGACGGCGGCUGGCGCUGUGGCAGCCCGGGGUCCCAGGCCCCUUCGGUCCCGUCACCGGCCGCCGCCACCCCCGCGGGCACGUUGAACCACCUCGUGACGCCCACUGCGACCGGGAACAUCACCCAGUUCGGCUGGCCCAGAGGCGUCCGGCGGAAGAGCUACAGCGGCGGCGGCGGCGGCGGCUGCAGCUACGGCGACGGGAACGGCAGUAAGCCGAACGCAACCGCCGCUGGAGGAACCCCAAUGCGCGCGUCGGCGGGUGGAGGUAACUUCGACGAAGUCGAGUCAGGGAACAACGGCUUUAAUAUUUCUCGCGGCGGCGGCGGCAGCAGCGGCGGCGGCGGCGGCGGCGGGAGGCGAUCGAGGUGGGGUGCUCCGGGCCCUUUCCUGGGCGGUUGGACACGCACGGCGUCGCCGGCUCCGCAGCGCCAGCAGCAGCGCCACGAUAGCCUACCCUCUAACCUCCACAUCGACGUCGACCACAUCAACCACGGCGGUGGAUCACGGAGCAAUCACGGGUCUCGAAGGCCGAGCGGCGAUAGGACGGAGGGUGGGGAGUGUCCGGCACGCGCGGGAGGAGCGGAGGGGGGAACUGUUUCCUCGUGCGAUCUGCAGCCGGCUCCGGGCAUUGCUACAAGCGACGGUGGGUUCUUCUGCGGCCCCGGCGGCGUCAUGUUUCCCCUCAGCAAGCAGCUGUCGACGGGAAGCACGACGGGCGGUAGUCCUAGCCCUAGGCCCAGCAGUUACUUCGAUCACUCCACGACUACUCUGUCGUCUGGUUUGGGGUCGGCUGCCGCAGCGGAUGCGCAUUUUGCAGCUUGGGACCCUCAUGGCGACGGCGACGCGGGCAGGAUCUUCCACCAGAACCGCACAAGAAGCCCCCGGCAGCAGCGGCAGCAGCUGCAGCAGCAGCUUCGCAAUUUGCACCAGAAGGGGCACAACAGGCGGCGGCCGGGCCUUCGGCAGAAGGAAGUGAGGAGCUUCGUCUCGCGACUUGGGGAACGGCACCAUCGUCAGCUGGGGCGGUGCAUGACCUACCCGCUGGUGCACGGAGAAGAGGUGGAGAUUCAGGAGGGCUCGCUAGAGGCACUGUCGGUGCGGUCACCAGAGGUGCCAUCUUCUAAGCUUGCCCGAGACUCACAAGCAGAGACGAACGUAAAGGCACCGCUGUGCACUACGACGGCCGCCUCGUCGACCUUCAGCCUUCUUCGUCCGGCGCGAACCAGCACGCUGCCGUUUUCUCCGGCCCCACGCGAGCCCCACGCGCACCACCGUGGCCGCCGCCGUUCCUCAAAGACCACCCCGUCUCCUCUGAGCACCCUCGGCGCUAGCUCUUCCUGGUCUCGGGUAGACGCCUCGUCAUCGGAUCACACGACGGUGACACAAGAAGACGGGGGUAUCAUCGUCGAUUCCCCGAAAAUAACGCCUCCAUCACCGGCCGCGUUGGCGGCGAGUGGUACCGCUAGUAGGGAGAAGGGGGAGGAGGGCGGGGCUGGGGGGGGCGGAGGAAGCGCUGUUUGCGAGCGUUGUUUGGAUGCUCGCGAUGCGCCGCCGCUGCCGCCGCCGUCGCCGUCGUGUGGGUUUCGCGGGUCUUUCCUCAGCGAGGAGGGCGGGGACGGGGAUGAAGAAGGAGCGACGGUGGCGGUGGGAAUGAUGCUGCCAGAGAAAGCGUGGAGAGUGAAGAAAGAGGAGGGUGAAGGGGUGGCAACUGGCAAGAUUGAGGAGGAGGAGGACGAGGACGGGGACGAGGUUGUGCCUAGCAGGGCGGAUCACGACCACUUUGUGCAGUCCUUCCUUAUGAGCAGGUUUGUCGGACAAAGGGGAGGAAUACGGCGCAUCAGCGACGCCGGCCUGCGGCACGCGGGCCUCGAUGCCGCUUCGUGGCUCCGGCGGCGGCCGCGGCGAUCGAGCACUGGCGGAAUCGGGGGCUCGUUUGCCGUCAGGGGCAGCCUGUGCGUCCAGGAUUCGAGCGAGAGCGAGCUUAACGCGUACGACGAUGAAGAGCAGGAGUUCUGCGAGGACUGGCAAGGCGCGGUGUCGGUGGACCCGGACGCAAUCGAGCUAACGCUCCCCCCGCGGACCGCAUCGAGCAUUACCGAAGGCCUGAGCUUCGUCGGGUUUGAGCCGCUUGAACUGGAGGAUGUCCCGCAGGAAGCCGUGCAGGCUAGGACGUGGGGCGAUCAGGCAAACCUUACCGUGGGCGUCCGCUACGGCCACUCGGCGGAAAUCGGCAGCCGGCGGGUAAUGGAAGACCGGACGGUGGCCGUGGCCGAUAUCUUCAAAGCCGACGCUACGCCGUCCUUCCGGAGCCGCUCCGAGGGAUACUUCCCAAGCUCGACCAUCCUUUCUCGCAACAGCUCCUCUCCUGGCAGCGGCGGCCAAGACGACGCGGCCCGGAGGCGUUUUUUCCCGGCCGGGGCGGUCGCUCAGGCUACCCCUGGCGCCGUCGCCACCGUCGCCGUUGGUGACCCCGCUGCUGCUAGCACCGGGGUAGUGGUGCCGGCGGACACUGACACGGGCGGGCUCGCCGCGACGAAGGAGGAGAAAGAAACUACAGAGGGGAGGGGAGGGGCGAGCGGACAAGAGCAGAAGCAGAGGUCUCCGCCGAUGUCGCCGUCGCCGUCGACCCCGCUGUGCGCGGCGUUCUUUGGGGUGUACGACGGCCACGACGGGGAUGUCGUCGCGGAGGCCCUGCAGAAGGGGCUGCACAAGCUCAUCGCCAAGCAGAAGUGCUUCACGGACAGCAUCUCCGCCGCCAUCGAGCACGGGUGCUACGAGAUGGACACCGCGUGUCUCGACGCUCAGUUCCGGGUGCUGGGGCGCGACAGGUCUAGGUCGCCCUCGCCCUCGCCCUCGCCCUCGCCCUCGCGAUCACGAUCGCCGUCCCGGUCGACGGGAGGAGAAACGCUCUCGGCGGGAAGGGAGCGUGGCAGGGGCGACGACGGCGGCGGCGGCGGCGGCGGCGGCGGCGGCAGCCAUGAUGCCGUCGGUUCGGGGGCACCAGCGGCGGCAUCAGCGCGGGCACCGGCAGCAGCAGCAGCAGCGGCAUCAUCGCCUCGUGGUGGUGGUGGUGGUGGAUGUGGUGCGUGCGGCUCCAUGUCGGAGAACCAGGGCGGUGAGGGCGGUGACGAGGUCGAAGACUGCGGUGGUGGCGUCGGGAAGCCACUGGCGCCGCGUCGGCGGCCCCGGGAGGCCAGCAGCGCCAGCGACGUCCGGAGCAGGCUGAGCGGGACCUCUCCCGGCAUGACCGGCGGCGCCACGGCGGUGGUCGCGGUCGCCACGAAAGUCGGAAAGCAAACCGUGAUCUACGUGGGCAACGUCGGCGACUGCCGAGCGGUCUUGUGCCGAAGGGGCGUGGCUAUCGACCUGACCUCCGACCACCGCCCUUCGAGAGACGACGAGAGGGCGAGGGUUAAGGAAGCGGGCGGGUACAUCUCCCGUGACCGGCUCAACGGUAUCCUAGGAGUGACCCGCGCGUUCGGGGACAUCGCGUUCAAGGAGUACCCACCGCCCCCUCCGGACGGCGACAUGUGGCGAGGGCAGCAGCUGAUUUCGAAACCAGAAACGAGAUCGUUCUUGAUUUUGGCGUGGGACGGCGUGUGGGAUCUCGUCUCGAGCCAGCAAGUGGUCUCGUACGUGCACCGGAGGCUGCUCAAACACCGGGACGUGCAGCGAGCUAGCCGCGAGCUGUGCAAGACGCUGGGAAAGAUGUCGGGCUCGGACAACUGCAGCUGCGUCAUCGUGUGCCUCAACCAGGUGAGCGUCACACCGACGGCCUACUCGCCGGGCCCGGUCUGCCGCCGCCGCCACCACCACCGCCAGUCGGCCAGCCUGUCCGACGCGCACAACGACCUGGCCGCCUCCGAGCGGGGCUUCUCGUGGUCUGCGGCGGGAUCGUCGUCGGUGUCUCCGGCCAAGCGGCCGUCCUUUGUUUGA